GGCUGCGCACGUGGAGUCCCCCCAAAAUUUGGAAACACGCUAAUUUGCGGAGGUACUCGAUUUUUGCGGAGUAGCGCAUCGGUGAAAAAUAGAGUUCCUCAUAGCGCGUGCUUUCCGACUGGACUGACACGGAGAAAUAGGAAUCGUCAUUUGCCCGAUAGCCUCCGCGCGCCAAGCGCGACCUCCGACCAACCCGCUGCUGCUAAAGCAGACAUCAGGGCUAUACCCCAUAAGCCGCGCCAGAUAUGCGCCAACGUCUAUGUGUUUGGUCGGACUAUGUCGUGGCUGUUGAAAGACAUCUAUAUACCGCGGCCUUGUCGUGGUUGCGGGUGUCAGCCAGUUCACCCCUUCCAAUUAUCGAACCUCCAGCGCCAUGACGCUUUCUAAUGACGAGAACACAAGUCAAGAGCAUGCGGCUUCGUUCGCGCCGUUUGACGUCGAAGAAGCGCUCCUGCAGCUGACGAUUGACGAAAAGGUGUCGCUUCUCUCAGGCAAGGAUUUCUGGCACACGCGCGACAUACCCAGGCUGUCGAUUCCUUCCAUACGACUAUCAGAUGGUCCCAACGGCAUUCGAGGUACUAAAUUUUUUGGCAGCGUACCUUCUGCAUGCCUUCCAUGUGGCACAGCCAUCGGCGCUACGUUCGACUCCGAUCUGGUCGUCGAGAUUGGCCAUCUACUCGGCGAUGAGGCUCGAGCAAAAGGAGCACAUGUCGUUCUCGGCCCAACGAUAAACAUUCAGCGAGGACCGUUGGGCGGUAGAGGAUUCGAGUCUUACUCCGAGGAUCCUUACCUAUCCGGCAAGCUUGCAGCAAGCUACAUCAAUGGGCUCAAGGAUAAACAUAUAGGCGCUGCUAUCAAGCAUCUUGUUUGUAACGAUCAGGAACAUGAACGUAUGGCAGUCAAUACCAUCGUUACUCAACGCGCGCUGAGAGAAAUCUAUCUCCUGCCGUUCAUGCUCGCGACGCGGCUCAGCAACCCGGAAGCGAUCAUGACUGCCUACAACAGAGUCAACGGCGUACACGUCGCGGAAGACCGAAGCAUUCUAAAAGACAUACUCAGGAAAGAAUGGCGGUGGGACGGACUCUUCGUGAGCGAUUGGUUUGGCACAUACAGCACAAGCGAAGCAAUAAACGCCGGUCUUGACCUAGAGAUGCCCGGCCCAUCACGAUGGCGAGGACCGGCGCUCGUCCACGCGGUCUCGGCCAACAAGGUCCUUCCUUCUAAGCUCGACGAGCGAGUGCGUGCGGUCCUCAAGCUCGUCAAAAAGUCUGCACAGUCGGGUAUCCCAGAGAAUGCACCAGAGACCCAGUUGAAUCGACCAGCAGAUCGAAGUCUUCUUCGGAAGGUAGCCGCAGACUCAAUCGUGCUCCUUAAGAAUCAGGAUAACAUCCUUCCAUUCUCCUGCGAUCGCAAGAUUGCGGUCAUCGGCCCCAACGCCAAGAUCGCUACCUAUUGCGGCGGCGGUAGCGCAUCACUGAAUGCAUACUACACAACUACACCAUUAGACGGUAUUCGAUCGCUCGCGAAGGGCGGUGUGGAUUUUGCACAAGGCGCAUAUGCUUUUCAGAUGUUGCCUGAACUUGGCAAAGAGCUCACCGUGGACGGGAAACCCGGUUUCAAGCUGCGCUUCUUCAAUGAUCCGCCGACAAACGUGGAGAGGACCCCACUUGAGGAACGGAUAUUGACCGACUCCAACAUCUUCUUCCUCGACUAUGAUCAUCCGAAUCUCAAAGAGAUUUGGUACGCUGAGACUGAAGGUGUCUUUGCUCCAACUCAAUCGGGCACCUAUGACUUCGGUCUGUGCGUGCAUGGCACUGGAAGACUUUACAUUGAUGACGAGCUUCUCGUCAGCAAUGUCGAGCACCAGAGGCCUGGACCUAGCUUCUUAGGUUCUGGAACUCUUGAAGAGACUGGAUCAAAGGUUCUCAUUGCGGGCAGAGCGUAUCGAAUUACCGUGCAAUGGGGCUGCGCAAAGACAAGCACGAGGAAGACACCUGGCACGGUGGACUUUGGUCAUGGCGGUUUGCGUUUCGGUGGUUGUUUACGCCAGGACCCACAGGAGCUGAUCGAUACUGCGGUACGCCUUGCGUGCGAGGUCGAUCAAGUGGUCAUUUGUGUCGGUCUGGGUCCUGAAUGGGAAUCUGAGGGCGAUGAUCGCGUAUCAAUGGAUCUUCCGCCGAAUACAGAUACGCUCGUGGAACGAGUCCUCGAAGCCAACUCGAAUGCGGCUAUCGUGGUUCAGUCCGGUACACCUGUUGCGAUGCCCUGGAGCGAUAAAGCAAAGGCAAUUUUACAUGCGUGGUAUGGUGGGAAUGAAGGCGGCAACGGGAUUGCGGACGUCCUCUUCGGCGCUGUGAACCCCUCGGGAAAACUUCCUCUGACUUUCCCCCGCCGAUUGAAGGACAACCCGACGUAUCUCAACUAUCGCUCCGAGGGUGGCCGCGUGCUGUAUGGCGAGGAUGUUUACGUGGGCUACCGUUUCUACGAGCAGACCGAAGUGGCACCAUUGUUCCCAUUUGGCCACGGCCUGUCCUACACGACCUUCGCCCUGUCCAAUCUCAAGCUUGACAUGAACACGCAGACUGACCGGCUAAGCGUGCGCUGCACUGUGAGCAACACGGGCUCCAGAGCUGGCGCUGAAGUCGUGCAGGUUUACAUUGAGCCGAUCUCACCACCUAUUCGUCGGCCGUUGAAGGAAUUGAAGGGCUUUGCGAAGCGCCACAUUGAAGCAGGCCAGAGCGCCGAAGUGAUUGUCGAGAUCGACGUCCUUCGGGACACAAGCUUCUGGGAGGAGAAGGAAGGAAGGUGGUGUAGUCAUGCUGGGAUGUACAACGUCCUUGUUGGGACGAGUAGCGCUGGCUGUCAUCUAUCGGGCUCGAUCGUGUCGCCGAAAGCUAGGUACUGGCUAUCGUAAAUCAAUGUAAAAGAUUGUCGUGC